AUGUCGCGUAAAUUGACACACGCAGAUGUGGCUGAACACACCGACAGACAUAAUCUGUGGAUGAUCAUACAUGAAAACGUUUUAGAUCUGUGCCAGUUUAUAAAGGAGCAUCCGGGUGGUGAGGAAGUUCUUAUGGAUCAGGCGGGCAAGGAUGCUUCUGCAGCCUUCGAUAAUGUGGGACACAGUCCAGAAGCGCGAGACAUACUCAAGACCUUAACCAUCGGAGUCCUGGAAAAACAGGUAUAG